AUGGGAAAGGACUUCCAUCUGUACGAGAACAUCUCUAAGAUCAGCCCAUUUGAGGGGCCACAGUAUCACCUGGCCCCAAUGUGGGCUUUCUACCUACAGGCUGCUUUCAUGGGCUUUGUGUUCUUUGCUGGAACACCCCUAAACUUUAUAAUUCUCGUGGUGACAGUGAAGUACAAGAAGCUGAGACAACCGUUGAACUUCAUCCUGGUCAACAUCUCGUUAGCAGGUUUCAUCUUUGUGACGUUUUCUGUGAGUCAAGUGUUUGUUUCUAGCGCGAGAGGAUACUACUUCCUGGGUUACACCUUGUGUGCAAUGGAAGCUUGCAUGGGUUCAAUAGCAGGGUUGGUGUCAGCUUGGUCCCUGGCUGUCCUUGCCUUUGAGAGAUACGUGGUCAUCUGCAAACCCUUCGGCACCUUCAAAUUUGACAACAACCAGGCUCUGGCGGCUGUUGCCUUCACCUGGGUCAUGGGGAUCGGAUGUGCCACCCCACCGUUCUUCGGCUGGAGCAGGUAUAUCCCUGAGGGUCUGGGUUGCUCCUGUGGACCUGACUGGUACACAAACAACGAGGAGUACCACUGUGCCAGCUACACCAAAUUCCUUAUUGUUACCUGUUUCCUCAUGCCCAUGUCCAUCAUCUUCUUCUCCUACUCCCAGCUGCUGGGAGCACUACGGGCUGUGGCAGCUGCCCAGGCUGAGUCAGCUUCCACCCAGAAGGCAGAGAAGGAAGUAUCCAGGAUGGUGAUUGUGAUGGUGUGCUCCUUCAUUCUGUGUUACGGCCCCUACGCCCUGGCAGGCUUGUACUUUGCCUAUACAACAAGCGAGAACAAAGACUACCGCCUGGUGACCAUCCCUGCUUUCUUCUCUAAAAGCUCCUGUGUAUACAAUCCUCUUAUUUAUGCCUUCAUGAACAAACAGUUUAACGCCUGCAUCAUGGAGACUGUGUUCGGAAAGCAGAUUGAGGAGACUUCAGUUUCAGCCUCCAAGACUGAGGUCUCCACAGCAUAA